AUGGAGCGCAAGCUGCUGCCGCCGUCAGUGCACGUGACGCGGCGGAAGGGCGCGGCGGCGACCCGGAAGUGGCUGGUGGUGCAGGCCGCGGCCGCGGGGGAGCCCCGCGUGGCGGAGCUGGGGAAGCACCGGAUCAUGGAGAUGACGGGCCUGCCCACGCGCGACCUCCGCGUGCUCGACCCGGACCUCCACUCCCCCUCCACUAUCCUGGGCCGCGAACGCGCCGUCGUCGUCAACCUCGAGCACGUCAAGGUCAUCGUCACGGCCGCCGAGGCGCUCGUCCUGGACUCCAGCAACCCGCUCCUCGUCCCCUUUCUAAAGAGCCUCCACACCCGCCUCUCGUCUCCGGACGUCUCUAGCACGAGUUCAGAGACUGAUCGCAGCAAAGAGACGGAUCAGGGAAACGGGCCAACAGUGGCGCUCAACAAAGAGACGGAUCAGGGAAACGGGGUAACAGUGGCGCUCUGCAGGGCUGGCAAUGUCGAUAUCACUCCCUUCGAGUUCAAGGUGCUUGAGGUCUGCCUCGAGCACACAUGCAAAUGCUUGGAAAGUGAGACGCUGACUCUCGAGAAGGAAGCUUACCCAGCCUUGGAUGAGCUGACCUCCAAGGUUAGCAGACUGAAGUUGGAUCACGUCAGGAAUAUCAAGAACCGAUUGGUUGCGGUCUCAGGGCGCGUGCAGAAGGUGCGGGAUGAAAUCGAGCACUUGCUGGACGACGACAUGGAUAUGUCUGAGAUGUAUCUGACAAGAAAACUCACGUUCCAAGGAUUCCCCGAGACAUUGGGCUCAGUCGAUUCAAAUAAGGAUGCAUCCACGGAUCACAACGAGAACGAGAAGGAGGAAGAAGAUCGUGAUGAUGAGACAGAGACUGUCCGUGAAAGUUCUGCCUAUGUUAAGCCUGAUGUUGAAGAGUUGGAAAUGCUUCUUGAAGCCUACUUCGUGCAGAUCGACGGCACGCUGAACAAACUGUACCAUCUCCGGGAAUACGUGAACGACACGGAGGAUUACAUCAACAUAAUGCUGGACGAGAAGCAGAACCAGCUACUGCAAAUGGGCGUCCUGCUAACGACGGCGACCGUGGUGGUCACUGCCGGCAUCGUGGUCGUGAGCUUGUUUGGCAUGAACAUUCAUAUUGAACUCACGAAAGAUCCGGAGACGGAUGAGCAGGCGAGGAUCAAGAACUUGAACUUUUGGGAGACCACCUGCGGCACAGUGUUCGGGUGUCUUGCGAUGUAUCUCCUGGCAAUCUUUGCGGGGAAGAGGAGCCAGAUCCUGCACUGA